ACUUCAUUGACGAGGACCAGUAAUUGAAAGCAGCAAAUUGGUAUUGUUUUACAAUUGCGUUGGGGCUAGUAGGUUUAGUCAUUGAUCAAUGAGUCAUUUGACAUUUCAUAACAGACAUCCUGACGUAUUGCUAUGACUAAUAUGGAAUACGAAGGAAAACUGUUCGAAGUAUCGGAGAAACUGUCAACCCAUGGCUCCAAAUACAAUUACAGUCCUGUUUCUAGUGAUUGUAUGGCAUGCGCCGUACGUGUGACAAGUCGAAGACAUAAAGAAUUAGAAGAACAGGUGACAGAGUUAUUUAUAUCCUGCGAAAAGUAUGAUCAUAGGUGAAUUAUCUUGCUUGAUUUUUAGCAGAGCGUUGUUGUUUGUGGACCUUUUCCAAGCAACGAAGAUGUAUGUCACUUGCCUGAGACUCUUGCCAAAGAAAAAUACCGAAGAGCUCAAUUGCAUGUAGUAACCACUAAUCAAAGGGUCAAGGUUUUCGGCAAGUGGACCGAGGAAAAAUUAUUGGCAGCAUUGACAGACCGAUUACUGCAAAGAGCUACCAGUCAACCCCCCAAACCUUAUGAGAAAAUUCCCCCACUAAAAAUUAAACAAUUUUCUGCUGGUAUACCUUACUGUCCGAUUGUUCAUAGGGGUAUAUACAGCAAGGAUAUUUUGGGACGAUUGUAUGGCAGUGGUAUGGCGUAAACAUUGAUUAGGAAACAUAAUAUAAUACAAUAUAUAUUCCAUCUUGUAAUAGAAAGUAUUAUUGGUCAUAUUUUAAGGUGUGUCAGAAUCGCUUGUUAUAAGAGCAAUGAAAUUUGGUUUAAAACAUCUUAAACCGGAGGAUCUGAAUUACUUUAUCCAGUUUGGAGUAUCCAUUCAAACUUUACGAUCGCAUAAACUCUGGAAUGAGUUGACAGACGAAUCUUUAGCUACGUCUCUGAGAACUAUGGGCUUUGAUGAUAAUGCUAGCAGGAAAAUAAUAUUAAACGGCAUGCUGUUACAAAGCGAAAUUUGUUUAAUGCAAUUAAUGCUCGCGGGCGUUGAUGUUCCUGGAAUUCUUAAUUGGCAAGGGGAGAAGAUCGAUGUAGGAGCUCGAAUGAUAAAAUUUUUAAGAAAUUUAGGAAUUCCAGAGGAUGUACUGCAACUAAUUGUUCAGAAAGGUAUCGAUGAAGAGACUAUGGAGAUGCUUAAGGAUUUGGGGUACACGGAAACAGAAGAAGAAGAACACGUGGGAAUGCAUGAGGUACUCAUUUGCGAAUGCGAUUUGACUGUCCUUGAGUCAGAAAUUUGUUCAGUGAAUUCGCCACCCUCUAAUACUAACAGCUUGAAGAGUUUAAUUCCAAAGCCUGAUAAUAGCGAAGCGGAUUUUGAAGCCGAAGAUACUCGCGUAUGUUUUUCUGAUAUAAGUAGUUCGACUGUGUCAAAUUCAACGUCGAGUCAACAAACUCUAGUAGAUUGCAAAAAUGUGCACGUAAAACCAAAAGCGCUAACAAGCUCAGAACUUCUCACUGAACGAAAUGAGUACUUAAGGCGAACAGUAAUGGCACCAUUAGCUUGGGCCAUGAGCAGAGCGUUACAGUACAGACCAUCUGAUCCAAAUCAUUACAUAGCAUGUCAACUGCUGCGUUGGAGAUAUGGGAACGUUUCCAAACUGGAAAUGAAGGCUGUACAGGACUUUGUAAUCGCUAGAACAAUCGAAAUGGACAAAAAAUUAAUGGAACAAAAACGGAAAGAAGAAGAAGAGUUGAUGGCCAAACGUAAUUUUGAAGCUUUACAAAAUAUUCCUUGCCAUCCGUGCUGGCAAAAUCAACAAAUUUAUCGUGUUAAAGAGCGGUGUUGGAAAUGUAUUAAAAAAUGGGUACCUAACUACGAGCGAUGCGAGUUGCCUGAGAUUUGUAGUUCGUGUGAGGUCGACUUAUCUGAGAUUUUGAACUCUGACACGGCAACAAGUAGUACUGGAGAUAAUUCAGAAACAGAAAGUGCUGUACAGACUCAGAAAGUAGCCAUUCUGGAUAAUAGAAAUAUCUCAUCAGACGGUCAGUACCGUUAUACGGAAAACUUGGACUUGUCAAGUUAUAACAGAGUUGACGAAUUUUACGGAGAAUAUUUCAAAUCGGAUUCUUACGAGGAAAAUAUGCAUAUAAUUUCAACCAAGUCUGAAGCAUAAAUGUUGAUACAGCAUGAGAACUCUAUUUUAAAAUAUACUACUACUACGAUCAGAUAUAUGAAGGUAAAUUUGUGCAAAAUAAUUUUUUUCUUGUUUCUAUGAAAGAAUGGUACUACUAAUACAUGAUAUAUGUAUUGAUCGCAUGAAUAUUUUUUGAUUUUGUUGACUAUUCAACUUGUGAUGAUAAUCUGAUUAAUAGAAAAAUAAUAUUUGUGAAAGCGACGACUUCUCUCGGCGCUCAUGUUUAUGAAAGGGACGCACUUGGGACGAGCGUCUCUGGUUUUGGUAACUUCGCGCCAGCAGCCCGGACUGUUUAUGCAAGGCGAUAAGUACCUAGGACAAGUGGGCCCCACGGUUUGCGAAGCAACGUUUCGACCGGCGAGGCGACGAUCACUUCUCGAUAGAGUUCCAAGCAAGCAACGUCGUCCUUUUACUUGAGAUUAUACGCGACGCUGUACGUUUGUGCAAUUAUAUAAAUAUAGACUCAUUCCGCUAUUCGUUAUUCAGCAUUUCUUACAUUUGGAAAAUAUUAUAACCGAAUUGGAUUAGAAAUAUAUUGAAUUGAUGAGAAAAUUCAAUUGUGGACAGAGCAAUCAUAGAAAAUUCGUUUAUUUGGUAAUCAGAAUCGUACAAUUGUUAUACAACACUUGAUCAUAAUAUUUGAGUACUAAGAUUCCAUCACACAUACAAAAUCAGAUGAGAUGAAAAAAUUUAAAACAUUGCGAAUAGAAAAAUAUAAUAACACACUGGCGGUGUUUGAAUUGUACAAUGAUAACUUUUCUAUGAUAAUAUGUAGAAAUAUAAUAAAUUUCGGUUAAUAAACAAAUACGGGUAAGUAAUCUUCAAACUAUUGGAUGAAGUUAAAAGUAAAGUACUGGUGUAUUUAUGAAUAAACCAAAUGCAGUACUUCCGUAUAAAAUUCGAGGUUUUAUUGAAAAUGUAGAAUAAUAAAUACUGUACGUAUCGGUUGGGUAUAAUAGUAUAAUAAUGUAAUAGGCAACAAUAUGCAUCGUUCGCUAAAACUUUUUUUUUUUUGGACGCACUGAUAACUUUUAGUUAAUCAUAGAUUGUGCUUUAAUUAACAGGAAGAACACAACGACCCGCGUACGAAAAUAGGAAAUUCACAAGUUGUCAUGACAGACUUGACGUAAGAAUGCAGGGGAGCUAUUUCUUUAGUGAAUCAUGGUAUUCCAUCAUUACCUAUUUUAGAUUAUUCCCGAGGUUCACAAUGAGUACGUUUUUUCGGUUUACAUUGAAAGUCUUGGUACAAGUUAGAGCGAACGUCAAUAAAAUAG